UCCAUGCAUCCAGUCGCAGACUGUGGCGUUCCGUGGGCUUCUAGGCCAAAACAAAAAAACGUUAGCAUAGGGUGGCUGUUUGUAAGAUUGCCUUCUUGUCUUUUUUUUUUAUCAUUACUUUAUUUUCGGCUUUUCUUCUCCGGUUCGAUUACAAUAGGGUUGCUAUCUGCGAUCCAUGUCUUUUCAUGUUUGCAAGCUACGCUGAGAGUUUUUGUUCCCUUCCAGUGGACGCUGAAAUAGCGAUCAAGACAUUGAGAUUGCUCAACGCUACUGGUUGGUCUAUUGGCUUUCCUUCCUUCCUUCGGUCGCCCUCGCCUUGUUUGCAUACAAGCGAGUCCACCCGACGACGAUCGGCACAUUUGGAUGAUGUAACUAGUAUAUCCUUCACAGCCCCCGGACAUUGCACCCUUCACACCCGGGCAAACAUGUGGUUAACGCCCUGCAUUGGAUUGCGGUAUAUGGGUGGGGGUGCAUACGGGACGCAGGAAACAGGGACUGCAGGAAUGAUGGACGGUUUGAACAGCACUACUGUACCCUAAUUGGGGGUUUUUCAAGAUACCCUGUCUGACUCUAUAGAAGAACUCAUGAUGAUAUUUUCCCAACGCGCUCACUUACAUCGUGUUACCAAGGGUAGUCCUUGCUGUCGAGUUCUAGCGCUCUUUGAUUAGUGUAUCAUGGCACGCGAUCAG